AUGUCUAAAAGAUCCCAACGUGAAAGUUAUUCUUUAGACCAAAAUAAAAACGAUCCCCUCGAACCAUCAAGUUCAAAAAGAGUUCGUUUUCAUACAUCCAAUGAUUCUACAGUUGCUUCAGCUGCGAAUGAGGAGGGUGAGUAUGAAUUUGAUCAUGAAGACUCCUUAGAAAAAGCUAAAACACGUCGCGGUUCAGUUAAACUUCAAGGAUAUGCAAGUGAUGAAACAGAUACCAGUGAUGACGACGGCACAGCUCUCUUUAACCGUCGAAAAGAAAAUAUAGCUGAAGAUGUUGACGAUAUGUUUGCAGAUGAUGAUAUACCUAAACAAGAAAAUUCAAAAGACUUAGAUGGAAAGAAAAAGGUUAGAUACUUAGAAUUGGAUGAAAUUGAAGGUCAGGAAUAUACAUCCAAGGAUGCAUAUGAUGAGGAAUCUGGAGAAACAAUAAUUGAAGCUUUUAAUAUGAAAGCUGAGAUGGAGGAAGGUAGAUUUGACGAAGCAGGGAAUUAUAUUCGCAAUAAAAAGGAUCCAAAUGCUUUUCAUGAUAAUUGGCUUCAAGGUGUUUCACGUAAAGACAUUGAAAAAGCUAAACGUGCCCAUGAAAAGCAAGAACAAGAGAGAAAGCUUAAAGAAGCAGAAGAAGCGUCAAAAGGACCAUUGGAUCGUUUAUCAAUAUGGAAGGAACUUUUAACAAUUAUGAAGCGAGGUGAAACGUUAUUAGAUGCCUUACAAAGGUUAGGUGGAAAACUUAAUAAUAAAGGAAAAAAUAAACGCGGACAAAAACAAUAUAAGAGGAAGAAAGGCAAAACAGAUGAAGAAACUGAAAUGGUAAUUGACAAAGAACUUACGUCUGAAGAAAUUAUAGAACAAGAAUGCAAGAAACAAAUAGAACGACUUACUGAUUUAUCUGAUAAAAUGAUGGCGCUGGGACAUUUUAAUGUUUAUGAUGAUACAUGGGAACAAAUUUUAAGGAAUUUGAAGAGAGAGGGAAUAGUUCCAGAAGAUUGGGUGCCAUCAAGUAUUGAAGAAAAUGUCGAAGAUAAUAGAGAUAAUACAUUAAAUGUUUCUUAUAAUGAAAUUUCAAGUAAUGUACCGACAAAUCUAAGUACGCAACAGUUGUAUUGGGAAUAUAAAUGGACUGAUUCAUCGGGUGCUAAUUCUAAUGAAAUACAUGGUCCAUUCUCAGGAGAAGAUAUGAAAGCUUGGAAUGACCAAGGAUUUUUUGCACAAGGAAUUUUAUUACGAAGAGCCAAUACUGAAGAUGAAUUUGUUAGUUCCAAUGGCAUUGAUUUUAUUGGUUUUAAUUGA